AUGGUAGAUGCACGAACAAUUCCAAAUGAGGUAGAGUUAGAGAAGAAAUCCACUCAAACAACAAACACUUUAUAGAAGGAGUGUAUGCUAUUGAUGUUAACCCUAAAAGCGACAACAUACGUUUUGGCUUUCUUAAAGUGCCAAAAUGGAUCAUUUUUACCACAAAUUGGUUAAUUAUUGCUGUCAGCAGUGCUAAAAAGAAUGUUAUUAACCUUUGUAACAAAAAAGAAAAUGGUUUAAAUUCCCCCCCCAAAAAAUGUCAAGCAACAUUUAUAGUCAAAUUUGAUGUUUCAAUUCAAAAUAUAUGUUAUUUGUAUGUUGUAUUUUUUUAUAAUAUUUUUUCAAUUCAUCCCAUAGCCCCUUGUUGAAAGAAAUAUGUAUUCAUUCAAAGUGUUGUGUUUCUGUGCUUACUCAGUGGAAUAAAAUUGGGCGAUUGAGCUAAUCUGACAUACUGGUCUGACCUUAAUGCCACCGAUAUGGCUGAUAUAGGGCGAUAAGGGCGCCGGUUUUUUUGCCAUCAAACUUUUAGUUCCAAUUGUAUCUGAAAGAUGAGACUCUCGACCUGGAACAGAGACAGUGACUGGAAGUAAUAGUAUUUACACUUUGUGAGUCUGCUUUUUUGUUGUUUAUAGUGGCUGUUGCCAUGCCCACCACGGGUCAAAUAUGGGGUGGCUCAUACUCUACUGUAUAUCUCUUCAGGGUACAUAAUCUACCUCGUGCCAAUUUGGUUGCUUUAUCACAAAGUGUACUAUUAGUUCACAUUUUACCACUAGUAUAAAAAAAAAAGAGAAUUAUUUUUAAUUCCUCCAGUAUUAAACAGAAAACGUGGUUUAAAAUUUAGCUUUUUUCUUGGUAAACCAGGUGCUUGACAAACUCCCAAAAUGUCCGAAGGAUUAAAACAAAGGGAUUUGAAAAUAUACGUUUUUUGACCGAUGUUGGGCGGAUUAAGUGUUAAUGCAAAAGAGAUAAAAGAACAUUUCCACAGGAAACAUUAGGAACUGUUAUUCAAUGAGUAGUGUAUUCUAUAGUGUUGCCAUGACAAAACAGUCAGUCAGUCUCUCUCUAUAAUUCUAAAUUUGUGAUGACACACCCUCACUUCCCCUUUUCUCACUCUUACAACACCCCACUUACGGUACAACAACCUCACAUUACUGUUAAAAAAACGCACCUACAUGUCCUAGCAGUUUUCAUGCUUUUCUCAUUUCUCCAUGCUGCUUAGAUCAUUUCUCAUUCUCUCACUACAUUCAAAUGAAUGCCCUGUGAACAGCAGCUGCACAUGACCAUAAAUAUUUCUAGACCAGUGAUCAUUGCAGCAGUGAGGACAUGUCCCAAUAAUUCAGCUUUACACAUCAUCUGGAUGGAUGGAUGGAUGGAUGUAUGGAUGAAUAAAAGGAUGAAUGGAUGGAUGGAUGGAUAACUAACCCUAACGCUAACCUCUAACCUCUUCUCUCUGCCUUUCCUUUUCUCAGAGGUCAAAGAUCGCGGUAUAUGAGAAGAUGUGGUCUUAUAUGAAGUCUGCUGAGCCUUCUGUCUUCGCUAAGACCACAGCGGAGGGCGUGGCUCGCGUCCGCAAGUCCAAAGGGAAGUACGCUUUCCUCCUGGAGUCCACCAUGAAUGAGUACACGGAACAACGCAAGCCCUGCGACACGAUGAAGGUUGGAGGCAACCUGGACUCCAAGGGCUAUGGCAUCGCUACACCUAAAGGCUCACAGCUAAGGUGGGUGGAGUAGUAUAACGAUGGUAGUCCCCAACUCAACUGUUGUUAUGGUAUUCCACCUACCCUGGUGUGCCUUUUAUAUGGAUCACUUAGUAGUGUCUUAGUCUGGUCUAUUUCUGUUCCCCUUUCUUUCUUUCUUUCUUUCUUUCUUUCUUUCUUUCUUUCUUUCUUUCUUUCUUUCUUUCUUUCUUUCUUUCUUUCUUUCUUUCUUUCUUUCUUUCUUUCUUUCUUUCUUUCUUUCUUUCUUUUCUUUCUUCUUUUCUUUCUUUCUUUCUUUCUUUCUUGUCUUCUGUCUGUCUGUCUGUCUGUCUGUCUGUCUGUCUGUCUCUCUCUCUCUCUCCUUAGUUUAUUUUUCUUUCUCUCUUUCUCUCUCUCUCUCGUUAGUUUAUUUCUCACCCUCUCUCUCUCCCUCUCUCUCUCCCUCCCUCUCUCUUGAUAUCUCUCUCAUUAGUUUAUUUCUCUCUCUAUCUCUCUCUCUCUCUCUCUCUCUCUCUCUCUCUCUCUCUCUCUCGAUGUUGUGUUGAGUUCUUUGUGCCUGUUAGCUCCAUUGCUCUGUUGUUUUGCUGUCUCUCCAUCUCUACAUCCAUCCAUCUCUGUCUGUUGUUCUUUCACUCACUCUCUCUCUUCACAGGGCCACCGAUCAGGUAAUCUGUCCACUCGUUUGUUGUCUUUACUGUCUCAUUCCUUCAUUCUCAGAUAUAGAGUGUACUGUAGAUACUAUCUGUUUUUGGACAGGCUGAUUGUGAAUGAAGUUACUAACGGUGAUGCCGUGGGGAGGGGCGGUCACCGUGGCAUUGCCAUGACUCCCAGAGCCACCCAGGGGAAUUUAUAGACACACAGGAAACAGGACUUUGAAGGGCCUGGCCAAUGGGGGGAACAAAAAGCUAUCAAAUUAUUUCAUAACAUCCCAAAAUACAGAUCAAAUCAAUCAAAUCAAAUCAAUCAAAACAAAAAAAAUCACACAAUCCAAUGAAUUGAUGAUGCCCUGAAACAUGAUCAAAUGUGUGUGUGUUUGUGUGUGUGUGUGUGUGUGUGUGUGUGUGUGUGUGUGUGUGUGUGUGUUUGGACCAAGAGGAGUCCCAUCUAUAGCAGCAGGAAUACUGACACCCUUUCUAUAACUUUUCCUAUAACUUCCCCCUGUGCACCGUGCAAAGAAGUCCACCCACUCCCCUGCCCCUUUACGAGGGUUCCUCUUCCACUCAGAUAAAUGGUUUUCUGUUUCCGAGGGAAAAGUGACAGCCAGUGGACGAUAGUCCCCACCUGGCCCCUCACUAUUCUGGGACUAUCGACUGCUGUCUAUGGCUUCUCCUUAUCAUCGGAAAACCUACCGGGACCAUGCACGUGGAUGGGAGAGCGCACGUCAGGCGAGAGCCCCUGCUCGCGGCAAGCCGUUCAAAGCACAGAUUUAAGUUGAUGAUGAUGAUGAUGAUUUUGAUAAAGCUUAUAUUAGUAGUAAGAUGUCUACUUAAUACUAUAUGUAGGGAAUUCAUAUGAUAAUAUAUAUUGCUUAUAUAAUUCUAAUUAUUUUCCAUGUUUGGGAGAUGUCUAUAUAGCCUUAUUCCUUUCCCCUAACCUUCUUAUGAUGGUGAUAUUUUCCAUGGCUUGCAGCCCACCCAGGAGAACUCUCUCUCUCUCUAGCCUCUGAGCCAAGAGGCAGCUCAGUGUACAAUAACAAAAUAAUGACUGUCUGUCUUUCUGACUCUCUGUCUGUCUGUCCCUCCCCCCCCCCCUCCCCCCACCUCCUCCCUCCCACACACCUCCACACACACACACACACACACACACACACACACACACACACACACACACACACACACACACACACACAGUGCCAGUGCCAGUGCACAGUGCCAGUGUGAGUAUGUGCUAUUUUAGCCCUCUGUGUCCAUGGUCUGUUUUUGGAGGUCGUUUCCUGUCAGGGGUGUGAGGUGGAGAGCUGCAGGGGAGGAGGGCAGGAGUGGUAGGGACCAGAACACCAGAAGCAGGGUAUUAGCUCUGUGUCAGCAGGGGACUAAGAUAGGCUUUAACACAACAUUUAACCAGGGCUCCACCACUCCCCUUUACCCGCCCUGCUGCACAUCAUUCAGACAAUAGCGGUAAAGGUGAACUGAAUGAAAGGGGUUUGGGCUAUUUGGCUCUGUUGGUUCUCUCUCUGUAGGCUCUAUGUGUUGAUUUAGCAACAGAAAACUGGCAUAACCAUUCUAAGGGUGUGCUUUCAAUGUUGCAAAGAUAUCUCUAUAAUAAGGGGGGAUGUAAAUGCUGGAAGAGAGAGAGAGAGAGAAAGAGAGAGGGUUGUCUGGAGGGUUGUGCAUGUCCACUAAUCUGAUGCCUUCCAACCACUCACCGACGUUCUUUUUCCUCAUCCCAUUGGCUCAUCAUUGGCUGAUCCUCCAUCCCUCCUCUGACCAACUAUGUUUUAUCCCUCUGAAGAAAUGCGGUCAACCUGGCCGUGUUAAAACUCAACGAGCAGGGCCUGUUGGACAAAUUGAAAAAUAAAUGGUGGUACGACAAGGGAGAGUGUGGCAGCGGGGGAGGGGACUCCAAGGUUAGCCUCUCUGUCUCCAAACGCGGUUCAACCGUGUUCGGGAAGUAAUGCGUGCAUCUGCCCCAGCCACACAGAUCACUGAUGAACAUGACCACAUCAUGCCACUUCGACUCCCCUCGGUCUGAAACGAGGGAGGAAGGAAGGAGAGGAGGGGAGUGAUGGAGAGAGAGAUAGGAGAGCAAUUACUGUCAAAGCAGGAAUAGUGGCCCUCUAGUGGAUGCUCUGGAGAGAGGAGUGUGGACCAGAAGGCUGUCAGAACAUAGAGCAGGGUUCCCCAACUGGCCAGCGGGUGGUUUUAUUUGGCCCCCCAAGUUUUCUGAGCAAAAAAAAAUAUUUUAUUUUAUUAUUUUAAAAAAAGAAUUGAAUUAUCAUUGUAGGACAUAAAAGACUGUAAAAACCCCAGGAAAUCUGCUCCAAGUGAUUUUACUUUUGGAAAUCUGUUCCCAAGUAUUCCCACGCAUAAUAGAGAGACAUAUGUCAUCGUAUACAAAUAAUAAUCAUUCAGAAUAAUUGAUUGGAUUUAUAUAGCACUUUUCUACCAACUGAGGUACUCAAAGCGCUUUACAUAGUAGGGGGAAACUCACCUCAUCCACCAUCAAUGUGUAGCACCCACUUCAGUGAUGCACAGCAACCAUUUUUUGUGCCAGAACGCUCACCACACAUCACCUAUCAGGUGGAGAGGUGAGGAGGGAUAAAUGCCAAUUAGGAAUGAGGGGGAGGAUUAGGUGGCCACGAUGGAAUGGGGCCAGGUUGGGAAUUUAGCCAUGACACCGGGGUGAACACCCCUACUCUUACAAUAAGUGCCAUGGGAUUUUGAAUGACCACAGAGACACAAGACACCCGUUUUAACGUCCCAUCCAAAAGACGGCACCCUACACAGGACAAUGUUCCCAAAUGUAAUCGAGGUUUGAAAUUAUUAUGGUUUAGUCAAAUAUUAUAUCUGUUUAGGCUUCUUGUGGUCAAUUUGCAGUAUAAAAAUAUAUAUUUGUAUUAUGUUCCGGCCCACCAACCAUCUGCUCAAGAAAGAAUUGGCCCGUGGCUGAAUCUAGUUGAUGAUCCCUGACGUAGAGGGAGAGAUAGAGAGGAGGACGAAGGAAUGAAAUAGAGAGAUGAUGUACUUUAUGUUUUCUGCCUUUUAGAUUCCUCUUCAGAUCUCUUACCCAGAGCUUGUUAAUGACGUGCAGUAAAUUGUCCAAUGCAGUCCCCUCUCUCCCAGUGUGAGCAGGCCCUGCCAAUAGUCCUGCGUUCACAGUAAUUGCCUCUGCUUGUGGAGCACCGGCUGGGGCAGUAUGGGCACGUUACCUGAAGUGAUGCAGGGGGGUCCCACUCAUAUGUCUGUAGCUCGCUUAGCCCUCACCCCCCUCAGCCCCCCAACGAGCAUACACACAUGUACUCAGUGGGACCCAGACUGGGUCACUUUUACCAAGCAGUACCAUUGAUGUGACAGUUCUGACUGUAUGUGACCUAAUAACAUAAAAUAACAUGACCUAUGAUGUUAUUUAUGUUAUUUUUACACGCCAAGAACCCCGGUAAACCUUGCGGUUUUGAAACUGAGUGAAGCAGGCGUCUUAGACAAACUGAAAAACAAAUGGUGGUACGAUAAGGGCGAGUGUGGACCCAAGGACUCGGGAAGUAAGGUCAGUGUCGCGGCCAGAGUGGGGGACCAAACACCCUCACUGUGUGACAGACAGGCACGCCUCUAGAUUAGCAUGGAGACUAGGAUUAGCAUUAGGAUUAGCAUCAGUUAUAUUUUUAUAUAAUAUAAUAAUAUAUUAUUUGAUUGAUUACUGUUGAAUACCUUUCUAGUUCUAUCACUGUUAGUAUUCUGCCUAUGCAACAUCUGCCUGUAUAAUGUGAUUUCGAAGAAAAAUAUAUACUAUAAAAUAUAUAUAAAAUGUAUACUUUGUAAUUUCUGGAAAAUGGAAUAUGGCAUUCAUAAUAAUGGCCUUAGUCUCAGAAUACCAUUCAGUUUACUAUUCUCUGUGUUACUCUGUGUAGAAGAAAAGUCAAAGAGUCUUAUGAAGUCAUGAGUCUUAUAAAACUACAGAUAAUCUUACAACAUCUAAGAUGUCCUUAGAACACUACAGAUGUCUUUAGAAGAACACUAGAGAGAUUCUUAGAACAUCAGAGAACUCCUAAGAAUGCCAGUGAAGUUCUUAAAAUACCGGGGACCUUCACCAAGAGUGUCUGAAUAGAAUACUUUUUCAUCACUCAUCCAAAAGCCUGACUAAUACGAUGACUGAAUAUAUUUUAAUUGGUAUGAUGUACUAGUCAUCCUCGACUCAAUACUUAAUACUUGUAGCAAUAUUAAAAUGUUUAUUUACUUAAAUUGUAGUCAUGCAUUAGUAGUAGAUAUGUAGUCGAUGUAGUAGUACUGUCAUAGUAGUAAUAAUAGUUGUAGUAUAUGCACUAGUAGAUAAUAAGCUUUAAUGAUGGUAGUAGUAGAAAUGCUUACCCUAGUAGACUAGUCAUAGUAGUGGUAGAUGCUGUUGUUGUUCGUAGAAGUAGACGUUUUUCUGCUAAAAAAUAAAUAACUAAGCUGCCCUGUUCUGUGUCUCACUAGCUUCACUGUCUCUCUCUCUCUCUAACCCUGUGCUGUCCGUCCCCCCUCCCAGGACAAGUCCUCCCAGGCCCUGAGCCUGAGCAACGUGGCCGGGGUCUUCUACAUCCUGGUGGGGGGUCUGGGCCUGGCCAUGCUGGUGGCCCUGGUCGAGUUCUGCUACAAGUCGCGCGCCGAGGCCAAGCGCAUGAAGGUGGACCUUAGCCCCCCUCACUGCCCCAGCCCCUCUCCCAGCACCCAGAAUUUAGCCACUUAUAGAGAGGGGUACAACGUAUACGGCUCCGAGGGGGUCAAGAUAUAG